AUGGCUCUCUCUCUUUCAAGACCCAGACACAGAUCCCUCACUAACCCCUCUCUGAUCCACCUCUUCUGCUCAUCUUCCUCUUCCACAAACCCAUCGGAUGACCCCUCUGUUUCCCAAUCCCAACCUCCCCAAAACACAACUCCAUCAGAUGACCCCUCUGUUUCUCAAUCCCAACCUCCCCAAAACACAACCCCAUCAGAUGACCCCUCUGUUUCUCAAUCCCAACCUCCCGAAAAAAAACAACAACUGUUUUCAUUAGCUAGCUAUUUCAAUGAUGUCAAAGCCAGUCUUAAACCACAAAGCCCUCAAAACCAGCCAAAUUUUCCGCCUUUAAGAAAACCCACUUACCCUACAAACACAACAAACCAAUCAGUCUCAAAACCCACGAGCAAUGUUGCUACUUUUGAUGAAAUCAGAAAGAAUCUCUCUGAAUUCAAGCUUAGAUCCUCUGUUUCAACACCUACAGACCCUAACUCUGCACCCUCUUCUAAGGAAAAAAUCUCAUUUCAAGAACUUUAUAAAAAAAAUGUUCUUACAAAGUCGGCGGGUAGUGGAACCACUCAAUCAUCAGGGCCUAAUAGUGGUAUCAAUGUCAAGGAACCCAGUUCUUGGAGCUCCUCAUUUGAUGCAAUUAGAGAGAGUUUGAGGCAGAUGAAGAGUGAUAAUAAGAAUAUCAUGGAUAGGAGAGGAGGAGGAGGCGAGGCAGUGCCAUUUUCGAGUUUUAGGUUAAAACCAGGAAUUGAAAAUGAACCUAUGCAUAAGUCGACUAUAAUUGGUGGGACUGAGGGGUUGCCGAGUGCAGUGUUUGGGAAGGAAAUGAAGGGGGAAGGGAGUGCGAAAGAUGACUUGAGUACUGACUUUGUGAAGAUGUAUACUUACAGUGAGUUGGGAGAUAAGUUGAGGACUUUGCGGCCGGAGGUGAAAAAGGGCGAAAAGGGGUGGUUUACUUUUGAGGAAUUGAAUGGGAGGUUGAAGAAGUUGAGGGAAUUGGAGGAGAAAGAGACAGAGUCGACCAUUGGUGGGGUUUCUUUUAAGGAUUUGAGGAAGAGUUUAGUGACGUUGACAAUGGCUGACGAUGACAAGAAGAAUUCGAUUCAGAGACUGAAUGUGUUGGGCAAGUUAGGUGCUCCAAAUUACACGCUGGAGCCUCCAAAGGAGCACUUAUAUUUCCAUCCUGAUAACAUGUCUUCUCCUGAGAAAAUGAAAAUUGAGCUUGCAAAAGUUAGAGAGGAAUUUAAAAUGUCAGAGUCAGACUGUGGAUCAGCUCGUGUUCAAGGGCAGUCUUCUGUUAAUAAGGACCACAUAGAGUUUGUUGAUUAUAAUUUAGCAGCCAGAUGCAUCAGAUACUUUAAGGUGGCACUUUUGACAACUAAGAUCAAGCAUCUUUCUUCGGUUCUGCACAAGAAGGUGAAAUGGGAGCCAAAAGAAUCCUCUGAUAAACAUUCUCGGAAGGGUCUUCUGGCAAUGGUGCAAAAGAGGAAGAAGUUGUUGAAGUAUCUCCGGAGGACUGACUGGGAUUCUUACUGCCUUGUUCUUUCUAAACUUGGUCUCCGAGACAAUCCAGAUCACAAGAACUUGACUAGGCAAUAA